UAUUACGGAAUAUUAAAAAGCAAAUAUGUCUGAAGCUGUUGCCGUUGCAAAUACAGAUUCUCCAAAGGAGAUAACUGCCGUUCCUGAAAAGAAAGUUGCUGUUAAAAAGGCAACAAAAGUAAAAAAACCUUCUGCAGCUCCAUCUCAUCCAUCAACACAACAAAUGGUUGAUGCAUCUAUCAAGAACUUGAAGGAACGCAGCGGAUCUUCAUUGUUGGCAAUUAAAAAGUAUAUAAGUGCCACAUAUAAAUGUGAUGCCCAGAAAUUGGCUCCAUUUAUUAAAAAAUAUUUGAAAACUGCUGUAGCUAAUGGCAAAUUGAUACAAACAAAAGGAAAAGGUGCAUCUGGUUCAUUU